AUGGACGAGUCACGAGUCUCCCACCGUCGUGCUAGUCGCGUGCCGGAAGUCGGCGCCUCUGCUGCCGAAAUCUCAGAGCUGGGCACUGGCGAGAGGACAGAAGAAAAAUCAGACCAGGACAGCGAAGUGGAAGCCGUUGCCGUGAUCAAGAGACGCAGAAUAGCCGGCCUUUCGGGCGGGCGUUUCCGCGACUGUUUCCCUAAAGAAGAAAUUCCGCAUCAAACUCCACACCAACCUGACAGUUCCCCAUCGAGCUCAGAGGGGUCGGACUCAGUCCACGGAAACGGCGCCCGUGCCCAUGUUUCUCAGCCAGGCUCUCCUCCUUGCUCUUUCGCAGCAGGGAGGAUGGAUGAUAAAACGCCCCCGGGUGAGCUCUUUUCCGGUGCUUUGUCCUCCUCGUCUUCUUCCUCUUCUUCCCCUUCUUCCUCGUCUUCCCUUUAUUCCGCUUCUUCCUCGUUUCCAUCUUCUCCCUCUUCUUCAUCUUCUUCCUCUUCUUGCUCGUCUUCAUCUUCUUUGCCGUCCUCUUCUUCAUCAAGAGAGGUGAACCUCGCUAGUCUCUCCAUCGACGGUCAGGCCGAGCUGGUCGCACCAGAUUUGCAUGCGCUCUUUGCGUAUUACAAUGACGCAUUUUUCGAGGGGAAACUUAGCGGAGUGGAAGUCCGGUGGAGCAAGCGGAUGACGCUCUGCGCUGGUCUCUGUGUCUAUCAGACUGGUGGCUACUGCUCCGUGCGCCUCUCCGAGCCGUUGCUCAAGUUCAGAUCGGUCAAGGAAUUCCGCGAAACGCUCUUGCACGAGAUGAUUCACGCCUUCCUCUUUGUCUCGAAACGCAAUCGUGACCAUGACGCUCACGGGCCUGACUUUCUGGCCCAUAUGCGGCGGCUGAAUGCGUUAACUGGACUGAACAUCACUGUUUUCCACAAUUUCCAUGACGAGGUCGCGCACUACCGCACGCACAUAUGGCGCUGUCAGGGGAAAUGCCGAGAAACGCCGCCCUUCUUCGGUUACGUUCGACGGUCGAUGAAUCGUGCGCCAGGCCCAAACGACCGCUGGUGGGCGGAGCACCAGCAAAACUGUGGAGGCACCUACGUGAAAAUCAGCGAGCCUAAGAAGGCCGUCGCGAACCGAACUUCCUCUUUGUCGAUGAGAAAGCAGAAGAAGGUGGAGAAGGACGAGUCAGUUGGUUCGCGAAACCUCUUGGUGCCGAGCGGGACGGAAGGAGCGCGUCCGGCGGGGUCUCUGCUCUUUCGGCGAACUGCGCGAGACAGCGCAUCCCAGGCCGAGGUGGGAGAAACGAAGUUGCUGUCUCCUCGGGGACACCCACGGCCUGCACCCCAGGAAAGCCGAAGCCGGUACCCUACCCUCGCAGACGUCUUGAACAGAAACAGAGUCGAUCGUUUCCGGAAUUUAAAAACGCUUGCCGAUUCCAAAGGCUCUUUGAGUGCCGUUACUCCCUCCCAGUCGGCUUCAUCCUCAUCUCCGUCUGUAUCUGCCUCUUUCCCGUCUCUACCUUCCUCUUCGGAUUCGUCUUUGGGUUUGUGCUCCUCCUUUCCCUCGUCUUCCCUCAAUUCUCCCUCUCCUUCCCGGCUUCCUCCUCCUCUCCAUGUUUCGUCUUGUGCUUCGUCUUCUUCAUCCUGUGCUUCUUACACUUCGUCGUCGGCUUUCUCUGGUUCUGCUGCCGACGAUGGCAUUCUCCGGGAAGAUGAUGCAGUUGAAGUGAUCGCCAUUCGUCCUGCCUGCCCCCUGUCUUCUCGAACGGCUCCUUCGGCUCGUGCGCGUCUCUCCGAUCUCUCGCGUUCUCGGGCGCAUCGAGGAAGCCCCGCAGGUGAACCGGGCGAGCGAGGCGGUGACCUGCUCGAGGUGCACGGCGACACGGACGCGAACAUGCAGAGGCGAGCAAACGCGCUCUCGGAGACGUCCGCGGACGACGACUCGGAUAUUCUCUUCAUUUCAAGCACGCGCGGUGUGCCGCCGCGUUCACAGUCCUCUGCUGUUCCUUCGUCUUCUCUAAAGCGAGACCUCGUGGCAAGCGAACUAUCAGCACGAGAAAACAAAGUGCCGCAGAGAAGGCCUCUUCCGUCGGCUUCGUUGUCUUUUGUUCCCUCUUCUUCUCCCGCUGCCUGUCCACCUUCCUCAUCUAAAGCAUGUCCUUCUCAUCUGUCGACAGGACGAGGCGCUGGUGACACGGUGCGCGACACCCCGAGGUCUUCCUCUGUGACUCGAGAGCCCGACGCUUCUUCAUGUCGGUUCUGCGAAAGGAGCUUCGCGGAUCCCCGCGCUCUGAGACGCCAUAUUCAGUGCUGCCUUCGAGAUCCCGACCGUCUCCAAGGCCGCACCGACUUGGCCAGUGUCCCAAGAGACGAAGGACAACGCGUUGGUGGAUCCGACAGAUGCUGA